AGCAGCAGUCGCCGCAGGAGCCAGCCGGGCUGUCCCGAGCGCUCGCCGCCUGCCUCGCCGCCCCCGCCGGGGAGCGGGAACGCGGAGCGCGGAGGCUGCGAGAGCCGGGCGGGGAAGAUGCCCCUGGCGCAGUUGCCGGACCCGUGGCAGAAGAUGGCUGUGGAGAGCACGGCCGAGAGCAGCACCGAGAAUGGACAGCAAAUUGUGGAUGAACCUAUGGGAGAAGAUGAUAUCAACCCUCAAACUGAAGAAGGAAGUAUCAAAGAAAUUGCAAUAACUCACCAUGUAAAAGAAGGACAUGAGAAAGCAGACCCUUCACAGUUUGAACUUCUGAAAGUACUUGGACAAGGAUCCUUUGGAAAGGUCUUCCUUGUCAAAAAAAUCUCAGGAUCAGAUGCUAGACAGCUUUAUGCAAUGAAGGUAUUGAAAAAGGCCACCUUGAAAGUUCGAGAUCGGGUUCGGACAAAAAUGGAACGUGAUAUCCUCGUAGAAGUUAAUCAUCCUUUUAUUGUCAAGUUACAUUAUGCUUUUCAAACAGAAGGGAAGCUAUAUCUUAUUUUGGAUUUUCUCAGGGGAGGAGAUUUGUUUACACGUUUAUCCAAAGAGGUGAUGUUCACAGAAGACGAUGUUAAAUUUUACUUGGCAGAAUUAGCACUUGCUUUAGACCAUCUACAUAGUCUUGGAAUAAUAUACCGGGACCUAAAACCAGAAAACAUCCUGCUGGAUGAGGAAGGACAUAUCAAAUUGACAGAUUUUGGCUUAAGUAAGGAGUCAAUUGAUCAUGAAAAAAAAGCCUACUCUUUCUGUGGGACAGUGGAAUAUAUGGCACCAGAAGUUGUUAACAGACGAGGCCAUACACAGAGUGCAGACUGGUGGUCUUUUGGUGUUUUAAUGUUUGAAAUGCUCACUGGUACUCUACCUUUCCAAGGGAAAGACAGAAAAGAAACCAUGACUAUGAUUCUCAAGGCCAAACUUGGAAUGCCCCAGUUCUUGAGUCCUGAAGCACAGAGUCUUCUGCGAAUGCUCUUCAAAAGAAACCCAGCAAACAGAUUAGGAGCAGGUCCAGAUGGAGUAGAAGAAAUUAAGAGGCAUGCAUUCUUUUCCAAAAUAGAUUGGAAUAAAUUAUACAGGAGAGAAAUUCAUCCCCCUUUUAAACCUGCAACUGGCAGACCUGAAGAUACAUUUUAUUUUGACCCUGAGUUUACAGCAAAAACUCCAAAAGAUUCACCAGGUAUCCCACCCAGUGCUAAUGCACAUCAGCUUUUUCGGGGAUUUAGUUUUGUAGCCAUUGCAUCGGAUGAUGAAAGCCAAGCAAUGCAGACAGUUGGAGUGCAUUCAAUCGUCCAGCAGUUGCACAGGAACAGCAUUCAGUUUACUGAUGGAUAUGAAGUAAAGGAAGAUAUUGGAGUUGGGUCUUACUCUAUCUGCAAGAGAUGUAUUCAUAAAGCUUCCAACAUGGAGUAUGCUGUAAAGAUUAUUGACAAGAGUAAAAGAGAUCCAACAGAGGAGAUUGAAAUCCUGCUGCGCUAUGGACAGCAUCCAAAUAUUAUUACCCUAAAAGAUGUGUAUGAUGAUGGAAAAUAUGUAUAUGUAGUAACAGAACUGAUGAAGGGAGGAGAACUGCUGGAUAAAAUUCUUAGGCAGAAAUUUUUCUCCGAACGGGAAGCCAGCGCUGUUCUGUUCACAAUAACAAAAACGGUGGAAUAUCUCCAUGCACAAGGGGUUGUUCACAGAGACCUGAAGCCUAGCAAUAUUCUUUAUGUUGAUGAAUCUGGUAAUCCAGAAUCAAUUCGAAUUUGUGAUUUUGGCUUUGCAAAACAACUGCGAGCAGAAAAUGGUCUUCUGAUGACUCCAUGUUACACAGCAAAUUUUGUUGCACCAGAGGUUUUAAAGAGGCAAGGUUAUGAUGCUGCAUGUGACAUAUGGAGCCUUGGUGUUCUGCUUUAUACCAUGCUUACUGGCUACACGCCUUUUGCAAAUGGUCCUGAUGACACCCCAGAGGAGAUUUUGGCCCGAAUAGGUAGUGGAAAGUUCUCUCUCAGUGGUGGUUAUUGGAAUACUGUUUCAGACACAGCUAAGGACCUUGUUUCAAAAAUGCUUCAUGUUGACCCCCAUCAAAGACUGACUGCAGCCCAAGUUCUUAGUCACCCCUGGAUAGUUCACUGUGACCAGUUGCCUCAAUACCAGCUGAACAGGCAGGAUGCUCCCCAUUUAGUGAAGGGUGCAAUGGCAGCAACUUACUCUGCUUUGAAUCGUAAUCAGUCACCAGUUUUGGAGCCAGUUGGCCGUUCUACUCUUGCUCAGAGGAGAGGUAUAAAAAAAAUUACCUCCACAGCCCUGUGAAAUGACCUCAGCCAGACACUUGGUACCAUGGCGUAAGAUGAUAGCACAAAUCAUGGCGACAGGUAGCACAUAUCUGACAGAUACCUGCAAGCACACUCUGACCCAGCUGGUACCUAUAAUGCUGCUGCUCCUGCUGCUGCUACUGCUUUCAUCUACUCUCGCUUUAAACUGUUGAUGGCAAGUUACUGAUCUCACUGGAGCCGCAAACAGAGUGACAAGUGGAAACAAUGAAAAUGAUCAUGUUCGCGACUGAAUAAACCAGAAGAAUUACAAAUGCCACCUCUGUCAAAAAUACACUGAAUAAAGCACUCUGCACCACAUAGCAUUAUUUUUAUAAGGAAUAUUUUUUUUGUCCCCUGAAAUAUUCUUUGUUACAGGUAGAAAUGGACAGUUUAUGUUAAGCACUUAGCUUAAACAAUCUGUUUAUAUUAGCACUAUAUACUUUGUGCCAUCCAACAUUUUGUAUGUUUUUGUAAACAGUUCACAAGCAGUACAUUUCCGUGCUGUUUUCUUUAAUGUAUACAUGCCUUGUUUUACUUAGAUAUUAUUAAUCAUUUUGACAAUUAAGUCUGAUUAAACAGUUCACCUGGAUUAAUCAGUAUUGUUGGACAGCUCUAAAAGAAGCCUGACUGUUAAACAGCUAUUGAAUGUAAUACUCUAUGAAUAAGUAGUUCUCCUCACCUAUGUCUUUUCUGCAUUUUUGUGUUUUUGACACCACGUCAUGUUAUGAAAAUCAGGAUACUGUUUAUAGUACUCAAAAUUCAAACAGUGGAUCUCUCACCAUACUAUAUAUCCAAUAGGUAAUAUAACCCAGAGAAAAGAUAACUUGCUCUGUCUUUUGUUCCCCUUCCCCUUCCUUUUAGUCUGUCCCAUCUAAUCUCUGGACUCAGGAAUCAUUGCUAAAUACUUUCUGAUAGAGGACAUUUCUAUAUUGUUGAUUCUUGUAAUCCAUUGUUAAUAUUUUAUCUCUAUUCUAUGACUUUUGUUUAAGCUGCAAAGGAUUUGUUCAUUGUUGGCAUUACAGAAGAAAGGCAACAUUGAAGAUAAAGAAAAAUGUUGUCCGCUAAUAAGAAGAAACCUGUAAAAGUUUUAAACUGCAUUCAUUGCAAGUGCAAAACUGAUGGAUCUAAUGUUCUGUCAGUUAUUUUCUGCUAAUUUUAAUUGACAUUAAAAGCAAAAUGAGAGACCAGUCAUACAGAUCUGUUGGGUUAGAAAAGGGUCAUUCUAAUUUAGUGUGAAUAUAGUAUUGUCCCAGUCAGGUAAGAUAAAGCUGUUCAGAGUGAACAUUCUCACUUUUCUGCAGAUGGAAGCAAGUUUGUAAUGAGGAUGAAAGACUCUAAAUACCAAUAUAAACUUCUAAUACCCUUGGCCCCUUGGUGUUUAAAGUAAUUAAAGGCGCAUCUUGAUGGCUGGUCUUGAAAGAUCAAAUUGCUCACAUGAGAGAGCACUGGAAUGUGUUUGAAUUCAGUGUGUUCCACUCCACCAAAAUUACAUGCUGCAUUAACUCCUUUCAGAUAUGAAAACAGCUUUUGGGAAUUCAGCUUUAGUAAAAUAUGGAUCUAGGUGAAUGGCUUACAUGAACAAUGCAAUUUAAAAACUAAAAGGUGCAAUUUUUUGUUUUGUAUAAGAAGGUAUUUUCUUGGUUUAGUUGUAUUAAAUUUCUUUUAUGAUGAUUAAUUGGCUUGUUUCCCUGAAAUCAUCAGAGAUUUGUUGAAAGGGAGAAUCAUCUGUGACACCACAGAUUUGCUCUAAAUGAAUGGGAGUGCUUCUUCUACCAGAAUUUCUGAGCUCCUAAGGGAACCUUCCUUUGUUAAACUUGAAAACAAUCCUAUUAUUGCCCUUAAAAAUCUGCUAAAUAUUUAAUCCAUGAUAUAAUUUUGAAGGAAUUGGUUUUAUAAACAAGGAUUCUUAAAUUAGCAUAGAUCACAGAAAUUUGAAUACAUGGCUCUUCCUAGCAAUUAGUAUUUUUCUCUUACUUGGUGCUCUAGCAUUGAUACUUGCUUUGUACAGAUGCGUCUGUCCUUUCUUCAAGAGACAUCUCUAACUAGAGGCAGAAAAAGACCAUUUUUGGCAAUUUUUUUUGACAGUGUCAGCAGUUCCAGAGGAAUUUAUUAAAACCUUACCUUUCAGAAAAUGUAUUUUCAGCUCUGUGAGCAAUUUUAAGUCAGGCUUCUCAAAGCCUGGAAAAUGUACCUUCUAGUGGCUUUUAAAGGUGUUAAUCAGAAGAUUGACAUAUCUAGUCAACAAACAGGAUUUAAAACUGAUACUGUUGAAAUAAAGGGAUGUCAAUACUUGCCAGUGUGUCAAUAAGAACAGUUCAGGAGGGAGUUUCUCCUCUGUUCAGUGUAUAUCUGUAGGUACCUGGCAAAGAACAGACCAAAAAGAGGAAGUGUUAAACUGCCUCACUAUUGGCAAUAUCCAUGUUAAAAUAAUUUAAAAGUACUUCCAGUAGUUUUAUUGUAGCAGUAUUUUGUUGUCCUCAAGCUCACUGACGAUUAGCCAAAUAGUGAAGCAAAGUUAACUCCUACAUUUUAUGUAUCUACAUUCUCAAGUGAGUUGUUAAUUUAGUCUAGACUUGGCAGAUGUUGCUAUUGUGUCAUGUAUAGAGCAGCAGAGGAUGAACCUUUUAAACUGUAGCAAAACAACUGGGGUUUAGCACACCCUAAUUUGACUGCAUUCAAGUCUAGACAUUUUUAAGUUGCUUUCUAAACCAAGGUGUACAAGGUCUGCCUAUUUUACAGGCAAGACAUGGUUUUAUGUACCUUACCUCCUGGUUCCAUGUUCACAACUUCCACAUUGAUUAUGUUUUUUAACUGCAGUUGUUAGAACCUAUAGAGAAAAUGAGAUGAUAGUUCUUUGAGUCGCAGCACCUUUCUACAAGAACGUGAGUGUAUGAAACACUGUGUACAUUCACUGCUGGACUGCUGCUUGGUCUGCAAGGUGUAGCAAGUGACUCAAGGGUGCAGAGACAUAAAGGAUAAAAAAAGGAGAACUGCAGAUACAGGUGAAUUUUCUGUAUGUCAGCCAUGGGUUUUUUUAAUUUCUUUUAAGUGUGAAAUUAUAAUUUACUGUGCUUGAGAGCAUGAGGGAAUGGAGCGAAAAGAAUAGUUGCAAUACUCAUUAAAUGCCAUCUAUAUCUAGUAAGGGCAAUGUUCUGUAUUCAUAAUCACUAUGACAUUGAAUGAAUCUUAUAGGGAGGUUUUCAAGAAAGUAUUUAAAACUUUUUUCUAAAAAGACAAGGCCAUAAGAAAAUAGAUUUAUGUGUCUGGGAUUUUUUUUGUGUGUGUUUCGCUUUUGUAAAUGUGGUGUACCAACUAAAGCUGUGCUUUUCUAUUAUUGGAAGGAAAGGAUUUAAAGUGUCCUGGCCCUUAGUAAGCAGCAAUGGUUAAUAGAUGAAUUUUCACUUAUGAAAAUUAUGUAAAUGAUUAGCUUUAUCUGAUACUCUUGACCUAAUCAAAGGGAAGGUGUACUUAUGAGGGAUGUAAUUAUUUUGCAACCUAGUUGGGGGGGAGUCUAUUUCAACCGUUUUUAAAAAAUUACAAAAUCACAGAUAAAAUAUUUUUCUACGAUUCUAUACAAUCAUCCUUUAUACUAGUUUUCUCAGCAUGGCAUGUAAGUGAGUCUAAGGUACUGUUCCAGGAAAUCAGUGGUAUUGUACCUUAUUCUAGACCAUUAAAAUAGCAUCUGUUAGAUGCUUGGCACUGCUGUCAUAGACCUGAAAUGCUAGUUUUAAAAAAUAAAAAAAAAUGUACUGAAUACUUUAAAUGAUUGUUUUAUUCAGAGUCUGAUAUAGAAAAUGUUCAAAUCAUGUUAUUAAUGUGUAAUUAAAACUGUUCCAGAUGUAACUAGAGACAGUUCUGGAAAGUUAUCAUUGCUUGUUCUCCUGUCUAAUGGCAGGUUUUGUAGUCUUCAAAAGAAAUUGAAAUUUCUACUAUGAAUAAACUUUCAAACAUCUUAAAA